UCAUCACACCAUGAGCCUGUAGCAUUUGUCUCAUGCCAGCAGAGCUGCUGUAGAGCGGAGCCUCAGUGGCCGGAGCGGCACCUUGUACAUAGUAGCGCGCUCCGUAAAAGUGUAUAUCGUUGUACAUAGGAACUAUUAUCAAGACUGAAUAAAAACAAAACAUAUUUUUCCCCUCAAAGUUUGCAUAAGGAAUGAAUUGUAAAUGCAGACUUAAAAACCAUUUGUACUGUGGAAGGAGGUGGAUUUUAUUCAUGUGUUAAAGAUAAAAUAGUUAUCGCUACGCUUAGGCACACUCAAACCCGGCAUCAUGGUUAUAAUGACGGACAGCAGCACGGGCUCUCAGUCGAGUUGUGCCCAGGCCAGGCCUCUGCAGGUCGGCUUCUAUGAGAUCAUCAGAACCCUCGGCAAGGGAAACUUUGCUGUGGUGAAACUGGCCAGACACAAAGUAACGAAAACACAGGUUGCAAUUAAAAUAAUUGAUAAAACAAGACUGAACUCUGCCAACUUGGAGAAAAUCUACAGGGAGGUUCAGAUUAUGAAGCUGCUCAAUCACCCUCACAUCAUAAAGCUCUAUCAGGUCAUGGAGACCAAAGACAUGCUGUACAUUGUGACAGAGUAUGCAAAAAAUGGAGAAAUGUUUGACUAUCUGACGUCCAAUGGAAGGAUGAGUGAAAACGAGGCUCGUAAGAAGUUUUGGCAGAUUCUGACAGCGGUGGACUACUGCCACCGGCACCACAUAGUCCACAGAGACCUCAAAACUGAAAACCUGCUGCUAGAUGCCAACAUGAACAUCAAGCUGGCAGACUUUGGAUUUGGAAACUUCUACAAUGCCGGCGAGCCUCUCUCCACGUGGUGUGGAAGCCCGCCAUAUGCUGCCCCAGAGGUCUUUGAGGGGAAGGAGUAUGAGGGGCCACAGUUAGACAUUUGGAGUCUAGGUGUGGUUCUGUAUGUGCUGGUGUGUGGGUCCCUGCCUUUUGAUGGGGACAGUCUUCCGGCUCUGAAACAAAGAGUGACAGAGGGCCGAUUCAGAAUACCAUUCUUCAUGUCACAAGACUGUGAAAAUCUGAUUCGUAAGAUGCUGGUGGUUGACCCUUCCAAGCGGAUCAGUGUUGCUCAGAUCAAGCAGCAUCGAUGGAUGCUUGCGGAUCCCAGCGCACCCCACCAGACCCUUUCCCUGUCCCUUACUGAUUACAACUCCAACCUGGGAGACUACAGUGAGCCCGUCUUAGGCAUCAUGCAGACCCUUGGCAUUGACAGACAGAGGACUGUGGAGUCUCUCCAGAACAGUAGCUACAACCAUUUCUCAGCAAUCUACUACCUGCUGCUAGAAAGAGUGAAGGAGCACCGCAGCCAACAACUGAGCCGCCAGUGCGGGGCCUGGAAUCAGAGGUCAAGGACAGCAUCCGAUUCCUCCACCCCAGAGGUGAUCUUGGAGUCAUCUGACAGCUUCAGAACCUCAGCCUUCCCCAUCACCACCAAGGUGAAUGCUCCUGUCCAUUCAGAGAUGGAAUGUGAACAAGGAGGCCUGUUUCAGCGUGUGGUGUGCCCGGUGGAAGCCAGCCUGAACGGGCUCCUGUGGAACCGAUCCAUCUCCCCCAACAGCCUGCUGGAGACCACCAUAAGUGAGGAGGUGCGACCUUAUGACCUGGAGGAGGAAGAAGGGAUGCUGCAGGUCCAGCCGCCCCAUCUGCCCAGCACUACCUCCCGAAGACAUACUCUUGCAGAGGUCUCCGCUCGAUUCCACCAGUGCAAUCCACCCUGUAUUGUUGUUAGCCCCUCAGACGGUGCUUCCUCUGACAGCUGUCUGAAGUCCUCCUCAAACCACAACCCGGCUUUCUCCACUGCUGUAAAGGAUCUUUCCUCACUGCUCAUCUCCGGUACUGGCCCUGGAGCCUUAGCCCCUGCUGGGACACCCCUCACUCUUUCCUCCAACCUGCUCUUGCAGAACCAAGGCAGCAUGCUUGCAGCCAGCUUCCAGGAAGGGCGUAGGGCUUCAGACACCUCCCUUACACAGGGACUAAAGGCGUUUAGACAGCAGCUGAGGAAGAACACUCGUGCAAAAGGCCUGCUAGGGUUGAACAAGAUCAAAGGUCUGGCGCGACAGGUGUGCCCUCCGACCUCAUGCUCCAGAGGCAGCCGUGGGUCACUCGGGCCAACUAUGUGCCCUCCCUCAAGCCUCCAGAGCUCUAGUGGCCCCCGUGAACGCCGCAGCAUGCUGGAGGAAGUUCUGCACCAGCAGAGGAUGCUACAGAUCCAGCACCAGCCUCAGCCCCAAGUCCAGUCUCAGCAGCCCGUGCUCUUCCUCUCACAGUCCCACCCUUCAUCUCCUCCAUCCAACAACCUCUUUGCCCCCGCUGCCCUCUUUUCCAACCCCCCGACUCAACCUAUCCUCCCUCAGUGCCAGCAGACCUCUAUCGCCUUUCAGCACAACCUGUGGCAGCAACAGCAGCAAUCUCUUGACUCCUCUUCCUCGUCCCUGUCUCCCGUGGCAUCCGCUGCCCAUCUUCUUGAAGCUCGUCUGCACAUCAGCCAGCGGCCACAUCUCCACCCUCAGUCCCCGCAGCACUUGCAGAUCCAGCCUACCAUCCUGUCCCAGGGGCCUUUCUCCCUUCUGCCCCACCAGGGCAGUUGGAGCCUGAGCACCAGCACUGAGCAUGAACCUGAUGUCCAGGAGCUGGUCUGUGCUGGUCAAAAGCAGCAACUCAGCAGCUGUGUCAUGGUCAAGUAAAGAGGGCAAAAACUUUGAAAAAGAUCUUAAGAGUGAUGCUGACUAUUUCCACCACUCUUAGUCCAGAGUGAGCCAGCGGACAAUGGUGUUGAGCAUCAGAACCAGAAGGCACCUCAUUUCGAUGAUGCUUUCAAAAGUUUUCUAAUGCAAAGGAGAGACAGUUUUACUCUCUCCGGACACACAAUUCCAUGAUCAUGUCUAUAUGGGUUGGAAUGACCAGACACAAUAAGAAGCAAUAACCAACCUCUUCAUUGAGCCCAUGAUCCUUGCCAGGUCCUCCUGUCCACACAGCAAUAAAGGAUGGGUCUCUGAACAAGGAACUGAAGAGUGUGAGUUUUCGUCCAUUUGCAAGUGGGUCCACUCAUAUAUAAAACUGGCCUCCAUGAUCGCGAAUGAUUAUGUCAGAGAUGCUUGUUUAUCCUCUAUACAAGUAUGAAAAUAGGACACUGAUGUCUUCCUUACAGAUUUUUCCAAGGAUUUCCUUUCAGGUCUUGAGCAUUUUCUUUUCUUUUUUUUUUUUUUGUGUGUGUGUGUGUGUGUGUGUGUUUCACAUCUCCAGAGAAGACCAAAGUUGAUUGCUUUUUGUUGAAUUUUUGAAGUUUGACUCAUCGAUUUCUUUCCUAGAAGUUCUUGAAACAAAAUGCAGUAUCUGAGUUAUCCUAAACUUCCCAAACCUAGAAAAAAUACUGUCAUUUCAUCUGUGAUUUGAAAAUGUGUGCAAACUAGCCACGCUAUGCCUCCAAUUAUUUGUGUGCAAUGAAGAGGCGCCUUAGUAUGAGGGGAAAGCUCGAUAUAAGCACAAGAGGUACUGCAUAGUGUUCACUUAGACCAGGUCUUUGAGCUUUCGUUAUCUGUGACUAUGACUUUAUUGCUGCUUCAUUUUGUGUCACAUCCAUACAAAGACACUAGACAAUUAUAAUCGCAGAAAUGUACACCUACCAAUGAUUUAAAUGAUAUUAGGAGACAUUGUCAGGUCUAGCUGUUCAGUUUUGGUCCCUCAAGACUCCUCUUCCAUCAGGUCACUACCUCCUCCAUAACUGAUCAUUCACCUCUGAAGGGUGUAUCUCAACACAUACUGUAUGAGAAGAAGUUAGGCCCAUUACAAUGUCUUUUUUUAAACAGUGAACAAAGAAUAUGAGAAUAGUGCAAUAUUUCACAUUGAAAUGUAGAACCAGGAGAGGAAGCUGUUGUAGGAAAGCAAAAGGUACUUCAUGCCUGAUAAUGUUAUUUUAUUCUUUCUUUUUUAGAGCAUGCUUAUUUUCUAUUUGUAAUGAUUGUAUGUACAAGAUCAUUUAAUGAUGUAUUCUGCAUGAGCAUAGGAAAUAAGAGCCUGGCCAUUUUGUACAGCUUGUUCUCUUCGUGACAGAGAUUGCCUUUGCAUCCAGGCUAGCUUGGUAGAACGGCAGAACUAACAAAACUAAAAUAACAGGAAAAGCCAAAGAGAGAGCGUAGGGUAGAUCAAGAGAAACAUACUUUUCCUAAAGAUGUCAUGGUGGUGAAAAGCUCUCCUUUUAUCAAAGUGUAGCGUGUUCAAAUCUCCCAAAAGCAGUCUUACUGCUCAGAUGUAAGAAUUAGCUGCCUCCUCUAGCUAACAAAUAUUUGAUAAGCAAUUGUUUUUAGAAUGCAAAGGUCCUCCAUUUCUCAGAAAGGCCAUGCAUUUACAUACUCAAAAAAAAAUUUUCUUGAUUAAAAUGCACACACACAUAGCUGAAUACAUCUUGUAGCGAUAGAGUUGAAUUUUAUAAUCUUUCUAUUUUUAGCUUACAAUCUAGGUGCUAGAAGUAGACUUCAGAAGUGUUUUGGGUUUGUGUGCAAUUUAUAUGAAAUAAUUGUGUGUUACCAUUGUUGAAGCUCCACCAUUUGCUUGAAGCACUGUUUUCAUAGCCCUAAAUGAUCCUGUUGCAUGUCUGUCUUUUGUGAAUUCGACAUAUUUGUGCAAUGGUUUCUAGUAGUUUAGAAAAAAAACUGUGCUAUGUUGUUUUCAAAUUGGGUCAUAAAACAACAGUGUUUGAAACCAGUGCAGGAAAAGAUGAGUUGAAGGUAAAGCUAUUGAAGAUAAUGUCAGAAGCAGUGUUAACGCCCCUUUCCUUUUUCACCCACCACCAAAACUUGUGCCUUUGUCUGAACAAAUCCAGUGGUGGUAAAAAAUUGUAAGCUUGAUUUUAGGAUAUCAGAAAGAUGCAGAGGUGUGUAUCUUAUGUUUUUGUUAGUUUUAACACCCCAUUUUAUACUUUCAUUUCAUUUGCUGUUUGACAGAAAUGCACUUUAUGAUGACAGUUGCUUUUGAAAAUAGUGUUUGUUUCCACUGCAGGUAUGACUCUGUAGUUACUUUUGAAACACUAUGUUUUCAUGCUGAACUGUUUUUUUUUUUUUUUUUAAAUUUGGUUAUAUUUCCCGGAUGUGCUUGCUUGCUUGUAUGUGUGAUUGUACAUGGCUGUGUGAAAGUAUAUGAGAGAUAGUUUUAUUUAUGUCGCUAUUUAUUUGAAUAAAAAUUCACCUCUUGAAAUUCA